UUCUUUACCAUUUCUUGAAGCUCACCUUCUUGUGUAACAAUGGUGCAAGGAUUGAUCUUAUUGGAUCUGUGGGUUAGCCCUUAUGCAGCUAGGGUGAAAAUUGCUCUGGCUGAGAAGGGGAUAGAGUAUGAGUCCAAGGAAGAAGACUUGAGCAACAAGAGCUCACUGCUUUUAGAAAUGAACCCAGUGUAUAAGAAAGUCCCUGUCUUGAUACAUAAGGGGAAACCCAUAUCUGAAUCGCUUAUCAUAGUUCAAUACAUCGAUGAGGUCUGGAGUCACAAGUCUCCUUUGCUGCCAUCUGAUCCUUACGAGAGAGCUCAUGCCAGGUUUUGGGCUGAUUUUGUUGAUCAAAAGUUUCAAGCUGCCAUUUACAGAAUAAUUUGGGCAACAAAGUCUAGUGAAGAGAAAGAAGCAGGAGAAAAGGAAUUCAUUGAAUGCUGCAAAAUGUUGGAAAGUGAACUUGGAAUGAAGCCCUACUUCGGAGGAGAAACGUUUGGGUUUGUGGAUAUUGCAUUGAUUCCCACCUAUAGCUAUUAUCAUGCCCAUGAGAGAAUGGGAAGCUUGAGUCUGGUGGAAGAAUUUCCCAAGCUCACAGCAUGGGUUAAGAGAUGCUUGGAGAGAGAGAGUGUGUCCAAAUCUGUCUCUGACCCCCACAAGAUCUAUGAGUUUGUCUCACAACUACGUAAGCAUAAGGGAUUAGAAUGAUUUGAGGAUUAUCAGCAUUAAUAAUAAUUAUUGUUGGGGAUUAUGCACCGCAAGUAUUUUAUAUAUUGAAUUCACAAUAAAUUAAAUUUAAAUAAAAACCUUUCCACUAUAGUUUUAAUAUUAGAUUGGAUGAAAAUGAAAACGCAUAAGAUGUG